AUGUCGACGCAUCAUCCUGUGUUGUUGGAGGCAUUUAUACGCCCCCAACCACGUCCACUCUCAAGCUACCACCUCGACAAGCUCGGUGCCGCUUAUCAACUCAUCCAUGGCUCGUCUUCCAAGUUCUCCCUCUCGUCGAACCCCAACGGCUCAAUGGCCCGUUCUUCUGAGAACUUGGCGGAUGCCCUUCUUCGACUACGUCAAGCACGUCGAUGGAGGCUCAUCGGAAGCAUUGCUAUGCUUUUGACCUCGUUCGCCCUCAUUCCGUCACUUCGUCAACCUCAGCGGUUUGGCGACCGCCUUGUGGACCGUUCCUCGGUCACGUUGUCCUUCUUGAUGUUUUGUCUCGUAACAUCGACCCCAUCGCGCGGCCCACAGCGCGCGAUCGCCGUUAUGUCCUCCACGAAGAAGUGCUUGCAUCUGCCGGCAUGA